GCGAAUCGAAACGAAGACCAAAUCGUCUCUUGAUCUCCUCAGAGAGACAAAACUUCGCAGAAUCCAUUCCUUUUCUUUUGCUGGGUUUGAAUUGUGGAGUAAUCGAAUUGUUCUUCCUCACGAAUUGGGCAUUAGGGCUUUCUUCUUUUCCUUUUUUUUUCUUUGGUGGGUGUUCCCCUGAAAAUUUUCAAGGUUUCGAUUGCUGCGAGCAGGCUCUGAUGGACAAGGUGGUUGAUCUGUUCGGUGUUGGACAAGACAAUGUUCAGAAACUGAUGGAAGGAGGCAACGAUCUAAGCAAGAUCGAAGAGGGAUUGUUCAUAGGUUCUGUAGCAGAGGCAAGUAACAGAGAUUUGCUUAAAAGCUCCAAUGUCACCCAUAUCUUAACGGUGGCGGUGGCUGUAUCCCCUCUUUACCCUGAUGAAUUUUCAUAUAAAGUCAUCGAAGUUGUUGACAGAUCCGAGACCGAUUUGACGCAAUAUUUCGAUGAAUGUUUCAACUUUGUCGACGAAGCUAGACAAUCUGGUGGUGGGGUUUUGGUCCACUGUUUCAUGGGAAUGUCUAGGAGUGUGACUAUAGUGGUGGCUUAUCUGAUGAAAAAGUAUGGAUUGAGCUUCUCUAAAGCCAUGGAGCACGUUAGGAGCCGACGGCCUCAGGCAUUGCCUAAUUUCGGUUUCAUUUCGCAGUUGGAGCAGUACGAAAAAUCCAUCCAAGCAAAUGGGGAGGAGAGCAUAGAAGAAGUUAAGCUCACUGUUUCAGCCGACAAGGCGACGUCCUGAAGAACGUCCGUCCCUAAGAUUCUUAAUCGUGGUAUGCCUUUAAGGACCAAAGCUUUUGUCCUGAAUCAGAUUUGGUCAUUUGAAGAAUGCUUUUGUUAAGGUGGUGAUCCUUUUGGUAAAUCAAUCAAAGUGUAUUUAUUACCCAUUGGUAAUAUGGGUGAUGAAGUAAAUGAAGCUUCAACAUGUUCCGUUGACUUCUA